AUGUCAGCAGCCGCAGCGGCGGCGACACGAGAGGCAGCGGCUGGGGCCCCGCGGUAGCCGCCAGCGCGGCACGGCGGGGGCGCACGGCGCGAGCCCGCGGCCACCUCGCUGCCUCCGGGGCGCUGCGGGCGGUUCUGCGCGCCCCGGCGCGGUGCUCGGACUCGAGGCCAGCCCCGCUGCGGCCGCGCACAAAGGACCGCGGACACCGGGCUCCGAGGGCUGCGCCCAGGGACCGGCCGGGAGACGGCCAGCCGCGCCGCGUCCGCGGCACGCCUGCCCUCGCCAGGCGGCCGGAGCCCGAGCCGGAGCGGGCCCCGUCAUAUGACAGCGGCGACACAGCGGCCGGCGAGCGCGCGUGCUGCCCACUCGGCUGCGCCACGGCCGCCGGCGCCGGGGGUGGCCCGCGCCGCGCCCCGCUGAGUGCUCCUCCGUCGCCGCCGCCCCGCGCCCCCCGCGCCCCGGCUCGCGGGCUCCGGGGGCAGGAGCCGAGGGGAGCCCCCCGCCGGCGCCGAGCCUAAAAUGGCCACGCUGCUCCGCAAAAUCGGGCUCAUCCGCCUGCACAACCGGGACACGGAGGACCCCAAGCACCACCACAACCACCGCGGCGGCGGCGGCCAGCAGAGCGCGUCGCUGCGCGGCAAGGGCGGCGCCAAGAGCGGCGGCCACAAGCAGCCCCAGCAGCACCCCCCCGGGGGCGCGGGCGACGCGAGCCCGGGGCCCGGCAAGGGCAAGGGCAAGCGCGCGGCGGAGCUGGCCCCGCGCGACAAGCCGCCGCAGCCGGCCGCAGGGGCGGCGGGGGCGGCGGGCGCCGGGGGCCCCCGGGAGCGGGCGGUGCGCAGCCGGCGGCUCAUGAAGGAGCUGCAGGACAUCGCGCGUCUCAGCGACCGCUUCAUCUCCGUGGAGCUGGUGGACGAGAGCCUCUUCGACUGGAACGUGAAGCUGCACCAGGUGGACAAGGACUCGGUGCUGUGGCAGGACAUGAAGGAGACCAACACCGAGUUCAUCCUGCUCAACCUCACUUUCCCCGACAACUUCCCCUUCUCGCCGCCCUUCAUGCGGGUGCUCAGCCCGCGCCUGGAGAACGGCUACGUGCUGGACGGCGGCGCCAUCUGCAUGGAGCUGCUCACGCCGCGCGGCUGGUCCAGCGCCUACACGGUGGAGGCCGUCAUGCGCCAGUUCGCCGCCAGCCUGGUCAAGGGCCAGGGGCGGAUCUGUAGAAAGGCCGGCAAAUCAAAAAAGUCCUUCAGCCGCAAGGAAGCCGAAGCUACCUUCAAGAGUUUGGUGAAGACGCAUGAAAAGUACGGCUGGGUCACCCCGCCCGUGUCUGAUGGCUGAUGUGCUCGACGUGCGGG